CUGUGAUUGCAUAACCAUAGGAAUCAGUCCUCAUCAUAUCUGAAAACUUGAGUGGAGUCAUGAUGAAGUACAGAGCAGGUUUUCUGAAAGCAGUGGGUGCCUGCAUGUUGAUUCUGAUGCAAAGCCUGGGUGCACGACCUGCACCAAAGAAACAUGCUGCUAUAGUUCCAUGCAGGUUGAAAGAACUGACAAACCUCACCAGAAGUCUAGUCGAAGCCAGCUUGACAAGUUUUGAUGAAGCCAAUGGGAAACACCUUGGUACUUGGUUCCCAGGCUUCCCUGAGCUCCAGGUCCACCAGAACUCUGCUCUUAUUGGGUCAAAAGUUCAGUGCAGCCUCCUCUUCAUGACCAAAGGUCUGGACAAAGUCCUGGAAGAUCAGGAGAAGAACCUGAAUCCCCAAGAUGUUUCACUUCACCAGAAGCUCAGGGACACCAUCUUCAGGGUCAACAUGCUUACAGAGUGUGUGAAGCAAAUUCUUGGAGGGGAAUGUUUGCCGAAGCCAUCCCCACCUGAAAUGCCCAAGCAUGCGUUUAACAGGAAGCAGUGGAGUCACACUCUGUUGAAAACUGCCAAGGACUAUCUGGGCUGGCUGGAGUGUAAGCUUGGGUUCCAAAUUUCAAAGGUCAAAGGGAAAAAUAAGAUAAAAUGUACAGAUUCUGAGGCCACAAGUCAGAGGUACUUGGAGGGAAGUGGAUAUCUCUUGUAGUUUUUUUAACACAUGACAUUUUGGCUGUCUAGCAAGAUUUAGAUGAGAAUAUCAAUAGCACUCUGAUAUCUGUAUGGUAAAUAUAAGGCUACAGUUAGCAGCUAGUUACCUUAGGCUAGCAGAAAGACUGGAAACUACUAGCCUAGCUCUGUCAGAAAGUAAUAAAAUCCAUAACAAAUUUAACACAUAAUGUCCUGCCAUACAAUAUAUUUUCCACUGGAGUCUCUGUAUAGAUUAAACUAAUCUUACACAUAGUGAGCUUUAGAGGUAAUUGAUAGUCUGCUAGCUAUACAUUUACAUACAUACUAUAUGGUUUACAUACAUAAGAGUGGUAUCAAUGUUCUUAUCAAAUUCUCAGCAAGCCCACAAGAGUAUUUUCAAAAAUGUCAGACUAUUUGUCUAAAAACUGUAUGAGUAAAGGCUUUGUUCAAAUGAACUUGAUACUUUGAAGCAAAUGACCUUGUUCCCACGUGAUAGUAAUUAAUCAACUUGCCAAAAAGGCAAAUGAAAAGGAGCUCUAAUACAUGUCUUAAUUACGACGGUUUGUUUUCUCAGCCUUCAAAAUGAUUAAUUGUUUUGCUCUGGCCGUGUAUCCCUUGUGAGUGGGCUACAUUGCCUGAGGUAGAAACAGAGACUGAUAAGAAUCACCAUCAGAGAGCCACCAGUCUGGACUCCAAUCAUUGUAUUCCGCAGUGAAAUUUGUGGCCAGAUGGACAGUGCACAGUAAGGCAGAUAAGUCUGUCAAACUGUUUUCAAAGCAAUGCAAGAGAACAACAGCACUGUAACAAAGAUUAAUGUGGGCCUCGUCCAACUCAAAUUAAGUGAUCAAUUAAUAUUCAGUCGAAAUUCUAAUGUUUCGUGGGUCUCAUGCGUCAAAUGAGUCUGCAAGGUGUUGACAUUUUACAUAUUUUGAAGAAUAUGUACACUUCUUCAAAAUCAAAUGUAUUUUUUUAAUUAUUAUUUUUACAAAACAUAUUUUGUAUUUUCACAAAACUGAAAAAUGUAUAACUGUACCUUCUGUUUGGCCAGUAUUUCUAAUAAUGCUCAAUUUGUAUGAUAAAAUCAAAUGUCUGCUGACCUA